AUGCCCUCCUCACCAGCGCUACAGAUCUCCACGCUCGACAGCCAGAGUAGUACCAACAACCGCAAUAGCAAUGAGCUCCUUUACACAUCGUCCGCAACGAACUCCGAUGACGACCUGGUCGUCGCCCGCGGCCCCGACAUCUCCGUCUCUAGCCGCGUAGCUCCUCCUCCGAUCAUCACCACCGCCAGUAUCGUGAACACCACGCCGCGCACGCCGAACAGAGUGCGCUUUGCGCUCGACGAUGAUACGGUCGAGGCCGCGGUUGGGCUUGAGCCCGAGGAUGACGAGGACGACGACGAGGACGACGCCUGGGAGAAUCAUGAUUAUGCCCGCCCGGAUGAUGCGGAUGGCCGCGCGCCGCUGCUGACCGGAAUGAUGGCACCAUCGGUGGCUUUCGCUAAUGACCUCGACGACGACGACGAUUUGAUGGGGCACCAUAGGCCUAAGAGUGGGUUCUUUUCGGCAUUCGUCAAUAUGAGCAACUCGAUCAUCGGCGCGGGAAUCAUCGGACAGCCGUAUGCUUUCCGGCAGGCCGGGCUCGGCGCUGGUGUGUUCCUCCUGGUGUCACUGACUGUUGUUGUCGACUGGACUAUCAAUCUCAUUGUCAUCAAUUCUAAGCUCAGCGGAGCCAAUUCGUUCCAAUCAACGGUGCAAGCCUGUUUUGGCAAGCCAGGACUGAUCGCGAUAUCUGUAGCACAAUGGGCUUUUGCCUUCGGAGGCAUGAUUGCGUUCUGCAUCAUUAUCGGUGACUCGAUACCGCACGUCGUUACCGCUGUCGUCCCGAAAAUCAAUGAGAUACCGAUACUAUGGGUGCUCGCCAAUCGGAAGGCUGUCAUCGCGAUUUAUACCUUGGGGAUCUCGUAUCCCCUUACGCUCUAUCGAGACAUAGCGAAGUUGGCCAAAGCAAGCGCCUUUGCUCUAGCUAGCAUGAUUGUUAUCGUUGUCACGGUCGUAACGCAAGGGUUCCAGGUGCCAGCCGCAGACCGGGGAAACUUCUCCCUACCGCUUCUGACCGUAAACGAUGGCUUCUUCCAGGCAAUUGGCGUUAUAUCAUUUGCAUUCGUUUGCCACCAUAAUUCGCUCCUCAUCUAUGGCUCCCUCAAAACCCCCACAAUCGACCGCUUUGCGCGGGUAACGCACUACAGUACCGCCAUAUCUUGCGUGAUGUGCCUCCUAAUGGCGCUAUCAGGCUUCCUCACGUUCCGCGACAAAACGGCCGGCAAUGUCCUCAACAACUUCCCGAGUGACAACUGGAUGGUGAACGUAGCACGACUGUGCUUCGGCCUAAACAUGCUAACCACACUUCCGCUCGAAGCAUUCGUCUGCCGCGAGGUGAUGGAAACCUACUUCUACCCCGACGCCCCCUUCAGCAUGAAGCGGCAUCUGAUAUUCUCGACGGGACUUGUGGUCUCAGCCAUGUCCGUCGCCCUGGUCACUUGCGACCUCGGCGUCGUGUUUGAGCUCGUCGGCGCUACCAGUGCCUGCGCUCUCGCCUACAUACUCCCGCCGCUGUGCUACAUCAAGCUUGCCACUAAGAGCCGGAAGACGUACAUCGCCGGCGCGGUCGCCGUCUUUGGAGUAUUAGUUAUGGUCAUCAGUCUCGUGCAGAGCGUUCUCAAGAUCAUACAUGGAGGAGGUGGGGAGGGGAAGUGUAGGUGA